AUGUUGGGCAAACGCAAAAACCGGUCAAAAGCUUCCAAAGAUUCUUUGCCAUCUCCAGAUGAAAAAAAAUCGAAAGACGAGGGAAAGGCACACUCAACUGCAUCAGAGACUGACGAAGUGUUCGAAGCUUUAGAAAUGGCGGAAGGUGUAGGCUCGAAGCUUGAAGCUGUACUUAAGAAGUUAGAAAAGCUUGAUACUAUUGAAAGCCGCCUGAGUCAGAUGCACACAACACUGGCAAGUAUUGAAGAAAAUGUAAGCAGGCUGGAUUCGGAAGUGGAUGAUCUCAAAACAAAGUCCAAACAGCUUGGCUCAACAGUCAAUGAAUUGAAAGAAAGCAUCCAAUUUAAUGAGGAGGACAUAUCCGACUUAAAACUUGAAAACCAAAAGUUACAACAGGAUGUCUGCGAGCUCCAGAAACAACUUCUUUACAUGGAGACUUACUCAAGGAGGGAAAAUGUAAAAUUUGUGGGGCUGCUAGAAGAGCAAGUUGACAACAUGAAUGGUGGUGACGAAGAUCACAAUGGCGCGCAAGCCAAAAUAGAAGAUACAAGAGAGAUUAUCUAUAAAUUUCUCGAACAUCAACUAAAGAUUCCAAAUGCGCGACAAAAAAUUGAAUUCCAAAGGCUUCACCGCUUAGGAAAAUCGAAAAAUGGAAGCUCGCGUCCUAUCAUUGCACGAUUUUUACGUUAUGGGGAUAAGGAACUAGUGAUGGAUCAGGCCCGGAAACAUCUGAAGGACACGGAAUUCCAUGUCUACGAGGACAUCCCAAAAUUAUUGUACGACUCAAGGAAAGGACAAAUGAAGAAGUUGCAGAAGGCCAGAGAAAAAGGCUUUACCGCCUAUUUCAGUAAAGCUCAGCCAGACAAACUGUAUGUCAACGGAAAGUACAUUGCCCCUGGCGAACCAAUAGAGUGA